UUCCUGGCAUUCUUCUCUCCGCGCUCUUCUCCGUCCUGCUCACCCUAGCUCUGUCAAUAUCUUCGCUCUUCCUUCUCUUCUGCCCGCCCGUCAUCGCCUGCUCCCUUCGAUCCCGCCAUGUCGGUUGAACUCGACCCGCCCGAGUUGGGUUUCAAGCGGCCUUUCAACCGCGAAAUCUGCCAGGUGCUGCAUAUCGAAAACAAGAACCCGGAUCCUGUUGUGUUCAAGGUCAAAACCACCGCUCCGAAGCAUUACUGUGUCCGACCCAACUCCGGCCGAAUAGAACCGGGAAAGCAUAUGGACGUUCAAGUCCUACUCCAAGCGAUGAAGCAAGAACCUCCCUACAAUGCGAAGUGCAAGGACAAGUUUCUGGUCCAGUCUGUCGCGGUCACCGGCGAUAUGGAAUAUUCGAACGUCUCCGCUAUUUUUGAGAAAGUAUCCAAGGCGUCGAUUCAGGAGCGCAAGAUUCGUGUGAACUACUUGGAUGCAGACCCAAACGAAGUUUUGGAGGAGUCUGCUCAUGCGAACGGAGUUGCUGCAUCGGAAGAGGAACCGCCCUCCUAUUCUUCUCUAAACGGAACUGUCGAGGAAACGCCGGCAUCGAAGGCUUCUGAGAAAUUAAUUGAUACCACGUCAUCCACCUCACCGCUUGAUGUCUCCGAGAAAUCAAAGCGGGAGCCCUCGAGCCCACUAUCUGCUUCCGAUGCUUCUGCAGCUAGCUUGAAAUCGCCAAGCAUGGGUCCCACGCCAAAUGCAGAUGUCGAACAACUUAAGGCGCAGCUCGCAGAUGCGCAGGCCCAGAUCCAGAAGCUGAAAGAGAAACUCUCGGACCAGGGUUUGAGACAGAGAAAAGUCGGAGAAGAUAUCACUAGCGCGCCAACUCAGUUGCAGACGCAACAGGCACCACCAGAAGCCGGUGUGCCAGUUCAGUUUGUCGCUAGUUUGUGUCUGAUUAGCUUCUUACUCGCGUACUUUUUCUUUUAGUCUCUCUCUUAUCUCUUUCCUAUUACAUGAUCUCUUCGGUUUUGUGAUCCAUGUUCGAGGCAUCCGUGGCCUUUCUUAGUCGCCUUUUUUCUUCACCGGCAUUGGCAUUCGCUUGCACAUUACCUCUCAAGUUCCACAUUGUCCCUUAAUUGUCUAUUUCUGGCUGACCUUCUACCCUAAUUUCGACUUACCUUGCCGUCAUCCUUUUCCGCCCUUGUUUUAAUCGCCUUCUGUUCAUUUUCUUCGACAUUGUGGAUUGGGCCUACGUUGAAGAAUCCCCGAGUUCGUACCAACUGUCAAGCUGCACAAGAAGGACAUGUUUCACCUCAAGGAAAGGCAAGCUUUUUAUUUGACUUCUUUUAUCACGUUUCAGCACUGCUUGAUGCGUGCUACACGAAAAAUUCCCUUUUGUGAUGUUUUGACCCGAAUACGUUUCGAGGAUCCCCAGUCCUCCCAACCUGUCAUUUCCUUUUCUUUUCUUCUUUUUACUUGUGUCUCUGCUCAGGUUUUUUUCUUCGAAUGGUUCAUUAUUAUUCUUAGUAGCUAGGGGUGAUGUUCUAGGACAAUGGUGAUGCACUAGAUCAAUUCAUAAUGAUUG